GAUACUCCAUGCAAAAAUUAAUUUAACCACAUUUUUCAAUUGAUGUCUAAUUUUUUUGAAAAUACGCAAUUAGACCAAGUUGUGAUUUAUUUCCAAAUGAAUGGUUUUAUAAUUAGCACCGUUCUUGUGCGUUGAACAUUUAGAAUUUGAACUUUAGAGAAGUAAUUGGAGGUGUCUGGGAAAAACAAAAUGCAGAAAUAGGGAAAUUUCGCAUGCCCACUUUGUGGACAGCGCAUGCGCCACACAUUGCAAUCAGCUGUCAGAAAGAACAUAAUCACGUAAAAAACAAAAUUAUUUGUGUCCUAAGAUAAUUCCCGUCAAUAUGGCGGGGCAAAAUCCAGGCUCUCCUACUGACUUUCAAUAUUUUUACGAGGAUGAAGUGUAUAAAAUCAACAAUCGCGGCCAAGUCGUAUUCGGUCUCGUACUUGAAAACUACGAAGCGAACUCCAGUGAUCAGGAGAGCGACAUUGAAACACCUAUCCAAAAAGGCGAAAUUCGUGUUGUGUGGCACCCUUCGGGAACCGAACGAGUUAUAUCUGAAAAAUCGGUUGGUUUAGCAGACCGUUCGUUGAUGCCAGGUGAUGUUGUUCGCCGCCUCAUAGCUGGAAAGGACACCCAGCGAGGAUAUUGCCGUGACAUAGUGAUGACAGCAGCAUUGCAGAUUGUAGGAACUAAACAUGUGAUACCCAGUGUUGCCAGUGAAAGAUUACAACCGUUAGAAGAAUUCACACCCGAUCUAGCUGUGUGCCUUGACUCCUGGGUCGGAACAUCAAAGGCUGUGCACAGUAAACUUCGUCUCGUAUCAGCUGAUGGUUCUCGUCUUGAAUACCCAGACCUGGACAGUUGUCCAUUAGAGGACUAUUCUAUGAGACGGCGUCGAUCCACACCUUAUUCUUCAUCUGAGUUCUACCCAGGACAAGUGGUGUAUGGUCCCUUGGGAACUCUGGACAGUGCAAAUUGGCUUCAUGUCACCAAGGAAAUGAAAGCUGCCAGGAAACAUAAAAUGCAUGACCAUAAGUUCACGGUGGAGGCGGUGGUGACUGAGAGUGUGAGUGUUCACUGGCAAUGCCGAGCGCUAUCCACUCUUAUCACUGACUCCAACGCACCACAGCAGCCCAAAUUCCUUGUUGAAGGUGAAGAAUUGAAAAACUUGAAACUCCUGAACGUGUUUGAACCCUGUACGCUGCAGGUUGGCGACAGAAAUUUCCUCACUAUUUUACCCGAAGAUACUUUUGUCAGUAAAAAACAAUGGAGAAAACAUCAAAGUAAAUACUACAGGAACCUUCGUAAACAGAGCAGACCAGUGAAAAAACCUUCAAAGACUGAUGCAAACUCAACAGAACAUAUACCUUCCAGACCUAAGAAGCGUGCUUCUUCACAUCGCAAACUGAAGUCCACAGAUAACGAGAUGGAAGUGGACGGUGGCGAUGAGAAGCUGGAGUCGCUGGACGAGGCUCUGAAGGCGGACCUCAACUGCCCCAGCAUCAAGAUUGAGCCCAGCGCUGACGUCACCAUGCCCGUCGGCAGCAGCCAGGAGGACACCGCCACUGAGGAGAAGAAUGACUCCGGCAUCAGUGGGCUAAGUAAAUCCCACGUGCGCAGUCCGGAGCCGUGCCGCGAGGACGGCGCGCUGCUGAACGGCGACAGCAAGGCCGGCGACUCCUGCCUCAAUGAUGAUGACUCCGAUAAUUGGGAGAACACCAGCAGCGACGGCAGCGAUACUGACAGGUCAAUUAUAUUCUUUCUACGUCAACUUGCUCUUGUCCCUACUGUUAAGAAUAAAAUCGGACGUCCCCAUCUCACAGCUGUCAAUGUCAUUCAGACAUUAGAAAAGCGCGCCAAACUGGCGGGAGGCAGUGGCCUGAGUGUUAGUUUAUUUUUGCUGGGCAACAGUCCUAGCGAGGAGACGACCCCAGAGGUGGGCAACAGCGGCACCAUGGUGGUGCUGAGCAGCAGCGGCGUGCCGCGCCUGCUGGAGCCGCGCGUGGCGGCGCACAUCGAGCGCGGCCGGGUCGCCAUGCGCCGUCUCGAGGAGAUGUUCGCCAAACACCCCACGCUGCAGAGCCAGGAGAUAAUGAGAAAACUGCUGAAUCUCUACAAAGACUGUCGGUUCCUCGAUCGUCUGAUGGGCACAACGUUCUUCCAUGAAGAUCAUUUUCUGGGUCUGUUGGAACGUGUGCGCGAGCGCGGGGCCAGCACGCCGCGCGCGGGCGAGCGUCGCGUGCACGAGCAGCUGGCGCGGCUGUUCACGCCGACUGAGAGCAGCGAGGGCGCGACCGGCACGUCCGGCGAGACCGGCGACGUGCGCGACACUGGCGAGCAGGACGCUGCGCUCGACGCUAUGCUCGUUGACGACGAUAAAACAAGAGACCACAGACAGACUAUUAUCACUGCUAAUGUCACUGUUGAAGCGAUGGAUGUUGAAAGCAAUUCUCCAAAGAAGCCAUUACAUUUAAACAUUGAGCCGGUGCAGUCGGGCUCCGGUGCUGUGGUUUCAGAAAAUACAUCGGCCGAGAAUGUAUGCGGCGAGGCGGGGGCGGGGGCGGAGAGCGAGGCGGAGGGCGGGGCUCGCAACGUGUGCUACAAGCUGUGCUCGCUCAUACACGCGCAGCUGGUCAAGGCGCACGCAGAGGUCAGCCGGAGAAGGCCGCAAGAAUUGGCCGAAUUCCUUAACAGCUUAAUGAAAAAUUCAAACGCGAGCGAAGAGAAGUUACCCUACCACUUUUCAGUUCAAUAUGGUGCUCUGGUGGUGAGCAUGGCCGACCAGGAGGAGAAGGGCCAGCCCAAGGCCGCGCCCGACGCUAAAGACAACACUGCCGCUACUGCCGCCUCAGCGCCCUUCUCUGAUGACAAAAAUGUACUGUCAGCGGAGGCGGCGCCCCUAGCGACGGCGGAGGUGGAGGCGGAGACGGGGAGCGGCGCGGUGCCGGAGGUGGUAGCGGAGGCGGAGGGAGGCGAGGGUUUCUGUGUGCUGGAGAGCGCGCCCGCCGCGCACCGCUUCCGGCUCUCCAUGCUGCAGCCUUCAGAGCCGCGCUCCUUCUACUCCGCAGUCAAGCGGGAAAUCAAGCUGCUCAAGAGCGACCUGCCGCCUGGAGUGUGGGUGCGCGGGUUCGAGGACCGCAUCGACCUGCUGUCGGUGAUGAUCGCGGGGCCGAGCCGCACGCCCUACGAGGGCGGGCUGUUCGUGUUCGACGUGCAGCUCGGCGGCGAGUACCCGCGCGCGCCGCCGCUCUGCCACUACCACUCCUACUGCAGCGACCGCCUCAACCCCAACCUCUACGAGGACGGCAAGGUGUGCGUGUCUCUGCUGGGCACGUGGUCGGGGCGCGGCGUGGAGGUGUGGGGCAAGGACAGCUCGCUGCUGCAGGUCAUCGUCUCGCUGCAGGGCCUCAUCCUCAACGCGGAGCCCUACUUCAAUGAGGCAGGCUAUGAGAAGCAAAAGGGCACUCAGCAGGGCAAAGAGAACUCCCGCAUGUACAACGAGAUGGUGCUGCUGAAACUGGUGCAGUCAAUGACGCGCAUGGUGGUCAGCCCGCCGGAGCCCGAUAUCUACUGUAAGACGUUUGCUUGGGAAAUAGAUAGUGAUGGAAUAGAGUAA